CCUCGGCGGCCCUGCUUAGCCGCUCUCCGCGUUCCGGUGCCCGCGGCGGCGCGGAGUCGGCCUGGGGCGGGGGCCGCGGCCCCUCGGGCUAGCGAGGAUGAGCUUCCUCUUCAGCAGCCGCUCUUCGAAAACAUUCAAACCAAAGAAGAACAUUCCUGAAGGUUCCCAUCAGUAUGAACUCUUAAAACAUGCAGAAGCCACUCUGGGAAGUGGCAAUCUGAGGCAAGCUGUCAUGUUGCCAGAGGGAGAGGACCUCAAUGAAUGGAUUGCUGUUAACACUGUGGAUUUCUUCAAUCAGAUCAACAUGUUAUAUGGAACCAUUACAGAAUUCUGCACUGAGGCAAGCUGCCCAGUCAUGUCUGCAGGUCCCAGGUAUGAGUACCAUUGGGCAGAUGGCACUAAUAUUAAAAAGCCAAUCAAAUGUUCUGCACCAAAAUAUAUCGACUAUUUGAUGACUUGGGUUCAGGAUCAGCUUGAUGACGAAACCCUUUUCCCUUCGAAGAUCGGUGUCCCAUUUCCCAAAAACUUCAUGUCUGUGGCUAAGACUAUUCUGAAGCGCCUCUUUAGGGUUUACGCCCAUAUUUACCACCAGCACUUUGACUCCGUGAUGCAGUUGCAAGAGGAGGCCCAUCUCAACACCUCCUUUAAGCACUUUAUUUUCUUUGUUCAGGAGUUCAAUCUGAUUGAUAGGCGUGAGCUGGCACCACUUCAGGAAUUAAUUGAGAAGCUUGGAUCUAAAGACAGAUAAAUGUUUCUUCUAGAAAAGUUACCCUCUCGCUCUGUCUACUGCUAGCACUCAUUGCUGUCUGGUAUGGAUUAGUGAUACUGACUAUAAGAAAACAGGAUCAGAAAGACCCAUUUUGUUGUCUGCAGAGAAAAUUGUCCCAAAGGUAGGUUGGCCUGAUGGAUGGCUUCUGAACAAGACCUAUAUAGCACACCCAAGUCAGUUGCUGUGUGGCCACCACUGUCCUGUUAGUGUCCUUUGCUGUAACCUUAUGACUAAUCUCUAGUUUGUUGCCGAUCUUUGGUUUAAGAAAACGAUUGAGUUUUUCCAUGUAACAGCAUAAUGGACUUUAAGGAUUUUCAGCCGUAACGUGAGUUUUGCUUUAUGUUACAAAUUGAAAUUGUGUUCCACUUCUAACUCCAGCAUUUAGAGCUGCCGGUUCACCUUAAAUAGUCUUCUAGAUUCCUGUCUGUGUGCUGGUGUUUAUAGAUAAAUGUAUUUUUUUAGCCAGGCAUGAUGGUGUAUGCCGGAUAGCUAGCACUUUGGAGGCUAGCCUGGGCUACAUGGUGAACUUGCUGCUGAAAAAGUUUGUUUUGCAAAAUCCACAAGGCUGAAAUCACAGGCAUCUAUGGCAUGAGAUUAACCAAAGUUAUUUUAAGUGACUUUUUAAACUUUUUUUGCGAUUGUGUCCACAUCCUCAUCUAGACAGACAAGACACAGACACAGUAGGAGUCUGUCAUCAGGAGAGAAACCCUUCACCUAGGUUUUGGCAGACAUCAUGAACUCCAAAAAACUGACAGACUCAGCCUCCAAGCCCCUGUGUUCAUUGAUGAUCCGUGAGGCCUUGCAGUUCUAGAGGGGACAAUAGAAAAAAGUAUUUAGAAUAUUUGAUCAUUUCCUAUGUGAUUCCAUGUUUUUCCUGCAAAUUGAAACCUAAUGUUUAUGUGUAGAAAUGCAGACUUUGUGGCAAUAAGGAAAAAUGUAGCUCGAGGCUGUGUGCCUGCAGAAGGUCUCCUGCUGCCUGUUGGAGGGAGAGCUGGGGACCCGGCGAGGGGAGUGAGGUAAUAGCUACUCUGCUUCAUGUGUCACUACACAGAGGCGCGUUGAGCUCUUAGGGUUCUCUCCCACUUUGUCUUUGUAUCAAAACUUGAAAGUUUCCUCAUCCUAUCAGGAUAAAAGACUUCUUUAUUGAGGAAGGCACCUGCUCUUCAUUUGGUCCUCAGAUCUUCCUCAGUGUCCUGGACACUUGCCCAAUGGCCAGCGCUGUAGUUUAUCAGCAUUCUGUGUGUCAGAGCUGGGACCACCUGCACAGUGCUCACUGGCCACCUGUGGGGCUUUACAAAGGUUACAGUUGAUGAGGUUUUUCUAUUUUUUUAUUCCACUAAACUGUACAAGAAAGAAUUUCUUAGAAACUCCAGUUUAGUAACUCAUUUUUAAUACGUUCUUAAAUAUGCUUAGAAUUUUGCUGAAUCUACACAUCACAGAGGAAUUCAAGGUGGGAUAACGGUUUAGGGAAAAAGCCGAGUUUGGAAGCACUUCCUAAUGCAAGUGUGUGCAAAGGUUCAGAUGUCAGAUGUUUUGCAAGUGUAUGAAAGUUACCUGCAGACAGAAAGCGGGCUUCUAGAUGCCACUGAGAACACAUCACCCCUUCAGCCAGAUCCCAUUUGAUUUGCUUAUGUGAGAUUCUUUCUCAACUGGGCACAAUCAUUUUUAUGAUCACAGUUUCAAGUCAAAGAUUUCUUUCCUUUGCAUAUAUUUCACUGACAAAUUCCUCUCCAUGACUGAGCUCCAGCGGGGUAGAUGCUAAGACAUGGAGGCAGCUCUAAUGGGACAUAAAACGACCCUUGUUGCUGUUUUGAAACUUGAGUGUCUCUUCUGUGGCCCCCCCCCCCAUUUUUCCUUUUUAAAUGAAACAGUGCCAGACUCCCAAAUUGACCUGCGCAGUGCACACAUUGUGAUGUUUGCUCACCUGUGAGGCAGAGCAUGGCUAGUGGGCACUACACAUAACACCGAAGGCAUCAGUCUGUCCUGGGUUUAUCUGCCCCACCCCCCGCCUCCCCAGGAGUCAGCUGCCCUGUCUGAUGUGUUACAGUGGCUUCCAGUUGCCUGGUGAAUUCCACCUUAGCCCUGUGGUGCAUUAACUUCCAGGACUUCCUUUAUUCAGUCAACACAAACUACAUCACAGUGAAGUAACUUACCAGCAACCAGUUCCGAAGGUUCUUAUACCCUGGUCUGCAGAGCUCUAGUUCCCACGACUGCUCCCUGGACAGCUGCAGGUCUGUGUUCUUCAUGACUUGAAGCAAAGGCUUCUCUCUAAGCCCUAAGAUCCUAUAAGCAGUAGAGCUUCUCAGACAUGACGUCAUUACCUCAGAAGCAUCAACAAAUCAGGCCUGAAGACUGUGGUCAUGGUGCCAGGGCCCCUCUGCUCUGUGAGCUCUCCCCUGUCAGUGUGGAGGCCUGAACAGUGCCAGCUUGGACACGAGCUGCUGAGCCUUCUGCAGUCAUGGUCUUUCCUCCUGAGGUCAGGGAACAUCCUAGCAGAGGAAGAGAGGAGGCUAGUGGUCUUCCUGUUUUAUAUUCAACUUUGACGCUGGGCUCUGAGGGACUUUGGAGUACAUGUGCAAUUGGUAAUUUUACUAAAGCAGCUGCGUUGAGAUUCACAGGGUUUUCUCAGAGUAAAGUAUCAAACAAGUAAAGCCAAAUAAAUGGAUGGCCAGUGUUCCACAGGCUGGUUAUAGAGCAGCAUCAGAAACUGUUUGCAUAAGGUAGUCUUGGUUACCAUCUAAAAUAACUUAAAAUUCCUCAUGGAAUGAAAUCUAUGUUGUAUUUUUAAACCUUUAGGGCCUUAGUCUAUUUUUCUAAGUCGUUAACUGUACUUUUUUAAAAAGUAUUUUGUAUCUACUUUUGUAACUUCAUCAGAAUAAACUAUAUUGGAAGCAAAAA